AUGUAUCCGAUUUUUGCCAUAUUUUUGGUUUGUGGUGUUGCUGUUUUUGGGGAAGAAUGCGGCCUCAAUCAAGUAUGGGACGAUUGUGGGUCCAAUUGCGUUGAUUAUUGCAAUAAAGAAGUUGAUCCUUAUGAAGUUUGUACGUUGGAAUGCGUACCUGGUUGUUAUUGUGCAUCUGGUUUUAUUAAAAAAGCGGUAGAUUCAGAUGAAUGUGUAACAGAAGAGAAUUGUCCUGCACCAUGCGGUCAUAAUAAACUUUAUAGAGAAUGUGGAAGUAUGUGUCCUAAAUAUUGUGGUCAACCGGAUGAUAUUCUUUGUCCGGCGGUAUGCGUUUCUGGAUGUUUCUGCAAAGAUGGAUAUGUUUUAGCAAAUGAAAAUAGCGCCCAUUGUAUCCCAGAACAUCAUUGCAAUGUUUAA